UUGUUACGUUAAUAAAAAGUUAAUUGUAUAAGCAUUCGAAAAUGUGUUAAUCUCUUGUUUGUUACGUUAUUAGCGUUAUGUGUACUGCUACAGUUCUGGAUGAGUCACAACGGCAGCCUUCAAUCAAUAUCGUGCAUGCUUAGAAGUUUUCUACUAAGCAAAAAAAACUUGUCAUGUAAAAGCUAAACUUCUACUGUUUUAGUCUUAUAUACCACCUUGUUUGUAAUUUUAAUAAAGACGCGAUGUUUUGUUUUAUUUCCCAUUUUGAGCAAAUACAUUUGCCAGCUCUCGCCAUUUGAUUGGAUAGUAACCAUUACGUGAAAGGAGGAGCCAGUCUGCUGCCCUAUAAAUGAUCUGACUUAAACCAGUCGCCCUCUUUCCUCCGUUAUCAAAAAGCAGUGUGUUGUGGUAUAACAGGGCGCGAGUUAACACGUGGGCUUACAAUGGGCCACAGUGAAUUAUCAGAUCAGCCGAAGAUCCCCGACUGCUGUUUCGGCUAUCACCGUUAUCAAGUGGAUAUGACAUAGCGUGUGGCAUGAGGUGAACUUUGCCCACCACCUGAAACUUGCCGCAUUAGGUCAUGCCAUCUGUCGUGAUGUCCCAAGUCAGGGCAGCCUGAAAUAGGCCAGAGUGACUACUCUAAACGUGACCGUAGGCUUCAGUGCAGUCCAAGAGGGCGUUCUCCUGCUGAAGCAAUCAUUUGACAGUGGAAAUCAUCUUGAGACUUCUCCUAAGAAAUGCUGGUGAUUGGGGAUGAUUCUCUGCGCUAUGAUUGGCCAGUCUGUGACGACACAAUACCCUGACUCAUUGUGAAUUCCGUACCAACUGCUGCCGGAAAUAUGCAUGAUAAGACGAUGCCUGCUGAGGGGCGCUCUUCUCCCUCCGGUCAAGAGGCACAUCGAGGCCAGCCUGAGACUGUCAGUAAGCAAGAGAGGACCAGCGCUCUCAGGAGCAGCGCAGCUGAGCAGCCUGUCCCCGGUCCCUCUGGCGUCCCCCAAAGGCAGGGCUUCUGCGGCUUGUGUCAGGUCAUCUACGACAAUGUGGAACAGCACAUCCUGAGCUCCAGACACCGGGAGGUGGUGAGGGGAAGCCGGACAUGUGUGCCAAUCGGGAGCCUCAUGGAGCGAUUCCUGCAGGACGUCAUUCAGCAUCACCCAGACCACUACAACGACGUCACGCCGACGCAUGCUGAUCUCCCAUCCCUGAACUGCCCUCUGGUCCCAAGGGAGGAACUCUCUGACUUGUGCUGUGUGCUGGAGGAUGACGGGGACACGGUUGGCACCCGUGAGGAGAUGCUCAGCACUGAUGAUAACUCCUGCCAUUUCCUAUUUGUAGAAGAUACUGGUGACUUUCGAGAGAAGGGCUCACAAGACACCAGGAGUGAUGUUGCUACAGAUACUCUUGUAGCUUCACGCACAAGUAGGUCGUCAGAUGGAGAUAAGAAGAAGUUGGGCCAAAACCGAAAACCCGUCAGCAAACACUCCCCUAUAAAGGGCUUUUUACACAGGACUAGUUUUAGGCAGGUCCCAGCCCCAGUGUGUGCUCAUAGCGCCCAAGUACCAACCGUCAGCCAACCAGUUAACUUACCUGGUCCUCUUCAUCGAAAAGCUCACAGGAAGACAGAUCGACGGAGAAAUAAAAAUGACUCCGCUUCAUCUAGUUCGCCGGCUCCCAGGGCUAGUAAAUCCAGGCUGGAUCCUCCACAGAAACUAGAGGCCAGGAGGCCAGCUGUGGGGCCAUCAGUACAGCCCAGCUUGCAGGGUAUCUCCAGGGUUCAAGCUCCCCUUAGUGACCAUUCUGAAACAGUAGAAAAUGUGAUAGAAGCGGUGAUUCAGAAGUAUUGUUAUGGAUUCAGUGAUAACGAGCAUCAGGGAGAAAAGGACAGCUUCCAUUUGAGUCUAGGCUCAAUCACCAACCCAGAUUUUUCUGAUUCUGGAACUAGCCUGGAAUGGGAUGUCCCUGCUCAGACUGUGUCAGAAGUGGCCAAGCCAGACGUAAAAGAUCUCGGUUAUCUCAUGGAGGUGCAUAUAAAUUUGGAGGACCAGAAGUACAAAAGUCAGUUAGACAAUGCACUGAACCUUCUGCCUGAAGAAGAAAAGAGCAGCAAAGUGGGAUCAGGGGGAAUGAGAGAGGAGACUGAUGGGGAAGUUCUACCUGCAUUGCCACAUGUACCUCAGUCCUUUGUUGGAAAGACAUGGUCCCAGGUCAUGUAUGAAGAUGACUUGAAGAUUGAGGCCAUGGUACGAGAAUUCAGAGAAGGACGCUUCCGAUGUUACUUUGAAAGUGAGUCCCAUGCAAAAUACAGAAAAGGGAGCAAUAAGCAAAAGAGUAAGGAGGGACCUUUGGCAGAGGAUGUGAGGGCAAGUGGGGAUAUUAUUCCCCUCAUGGACCAUCCUGAAGAUGACGCCUUCUGUGACAAGGGGUUCCAAAAGAAGGCAGGCCGCAGGACAUGGAGACUGGCCUCCCGUUGUCAGGUAGUGAAGGUCAGUCACAGCACCCAGACCACCACACUGUCUGGACCUGUUGUCAAAAGCAGAAUCUUGGAAAAGUCUGCUAUGUCCACAACUGGAUGUGAGGUCCCACAAAACCUUAGCAUAGAAAGGACACCUGACAUGAAGACCAGACUAUGUGCAUUAAAAUUGCCAGAGUCAUACAGCAAAAUCAUGAGCCCUUUGCAACCUAAAACAGUGGUAUACGUCCUAUCUUCCCCUGACUCUGGUCCAGGCCCCUUGAAGCCCCUCACCAUCAGGAAAGUUGGUCGGAAACGAAAAUCCUCAGAAAGUGAAACUGCAUUAAAGUACAAGUACAAAAAGACCCCACUGAAGUACUAUGACCCACUGACCAACAGGAUCCUUAAGACUCCACCCAAGGGAAUGGUUAUAGGGAAACCCAAAAUGCUCCCACAUGUUCGGCAACUGUUCAGGAGCCUCAGCCCAGACAUAAACAAGGAGAAGCAGUCUGUGGAGCAGAAAGAGCCACAGAGCUCUUCGAAAUGUCGGGGCAGCAGCAUGCCAGACUUCUGUGCCUCUACGUCAGGUUCAUGUCUGGAGAGUAUUGGUGCUUCUGAGCUGGGCUCCUCUGUUUCGAGCAGGAGGGCGCUCUUCAGCCGCUCCUCCUUAUCAGGCAGUGGUCGUUUUCUGCCCAGGGCCCUCACUCCUGCUCCUUCUACUGAAAGCACCGCAAGGGGACUUCCCACUGAGUCUGUCGAAUCCAUUCAAAAUACUCCAAGGAGGGGUCAUAGACGUGAAAGGCAAAGUCCUGGAGUAGAGUGUCUGAAAGAGAAGUCUUUAAAUCCUGCAGAAAGUCCCUCGCCUCCUUACAGACCUAGAACAGUCUCGACAAGAUUGACGACCAGGAGAGGACAAAUGAUAACGGAGCUCCCCAUGAAGCCCUGUGCAACGGGACAACAGUCUAAGCCAGGUGAACACAGGAAGCAUCCGCCCAAGGGGUUUCUACCGAAAGCAAAGGCCCAGGGUGCCCCCCAGCACAGGGAAGCACCACAAAGAGUCACCAGGAAGAAGCCAGCCAGAACUAAAAGCUCAGUGAGGAACUCCUCUCAAACCCCAGGCAUGCAGAAAAAAAGUACUGGAACCCUGACUAGAUCCUCCACCAGGCACCUCUCUGCACCCCUAGGCCCUCAGAAACUGAGAAAGAGAGUGAAGAGAUAGGACCACCCAAGGCUGACUGUAGCUACUUUCCCCUGUGGGGAAUCACUACUUAAUGCACUAAUGCCAAUGGUACUGUGGAAUCACUGUCAUUCAGCCCUAUGAAAGCUAUAUGAAAAAAGGGGAAAGGAGUGACCAAAAUGAUGCUGAUGUCUAUCCUCAUUGAAAAAUGGUAAUGUUUUGCACAGGGUGUAGCUCCAGAGGGGAAUAUAAACUAUUAUUUUUUGUUUUUCUACAAUUAAUCAGGUUAUUUUUUUAAGUUUAUAAUAAAUAUUUUUCUCUGA